CGAUUUUUUUUAACUAUUAAAAAUUCAUGUACUUUCUCUCGACCCCCUUUGUGUUUCGGCCAAAAGUUUAAAACUUUCAUAAAUCGUGAGCUUCCGACACGGUGGUGGGUAACGUGAGGUGAAAAGGAUGGAAGAUGAGAUAUCCAAAUGGCCAUCAAAAUAUCAUCUUUUUAUUAUUAUUAUUGGUUCUAAUUAUUUGUUCUCUUUAUGCGUAAAAAUACCCAAAAUAUCGUCUUGAUAAUAAGACCAAAGCCCACAAGAGCUACCCAAUUCAUCAAAUUACCAAUUACUAUUCAAAUAUCUGACUUCCGGACGCCAUAACCAAUCCUUCAAGUAUUGGCACACCAAGAUUUCACCUUUAUCCGUCUUUUUACCUGUAAGUACCCGCCCAUUUGCGCUCUUUUAUAGUAUUUUUUGACUCUCUCAAAUUCGUUUCAACGAACAUGGGAACUCAUAUUAGAUAUCUGGGACUUACUAGCUUAUGCUUUCUCUUUAGUUGAUACCAAAUUCCUUUGGAUGAGUCUGUUAAUAGUCUGCUAUUCAAGUAUGUAUUGCAGCAGUAUCAAUUCUACUUGUGCUUUUACCGAGAGUAGAAUAUCUGCUCUAAGUUUUAUUGAGCCACUAAAAGAAAGAAACUGUGGGAAUUUGAAGGUUUUGCCAUGUGGGUAUGUGGUGAACAACAAGAAAAAGAGGAGAAAACAAAUGGUUUUAUCUGGGUUUGUGAUUAAGGCCCGAAGUGAAGUGUUGCAGGCGGUAAAGGGGGAGACGACAAUCAAGGUGUCUUCUGAGGAGGAGGCUAUGAGUGUUCUUAAGUCGAUUGUGGACCCAACUUGUGCUUUUUCAUACUUCAAUUCGGUUGCUGAGUUGCCUAAUGUUGUUCACACCACUGCAACUUGCAAUUACAUGCUUGAAGUCUUGAGGAAUCAUGGAAGGGUGGAGGAUAUGGUGGCUGUAUUCAAUUUCAUGCAGAAGCGAAUCAUAAAUAGGAAUCUGAACACUUACAUUACUAUUUUUAAGGGUCUUCACAUAAGAGGUGGAAUUCGACGAGCACCGUUUGCGCUUGAAAGGAUGCGGAAAUCCGGGUUUGUUUUGAAUGCAUUUUCGUAUAAUGGGUUGAUCUACAUGAUUCUUCAGUCUGGGUUUUGCAGGGAGGCUUUGCAGGUUUAUAAAAGAGCGGUUUCAGAAGGGAUCAAGCCUAGCCUGAAGACUUACUCGGCACUUAUGGUGGCAUUGGGAAAGAGAAGGGAUACAGACACUGUAACGAGUUUGUUAGAAGAGAUGGAAAGUCUCGGAUUGAAGCCCAAUAUUUAUACGUUUACGAUUUGCAUUAGAGUUCUAGGGAGGGCUGGGAAAAUUGAUGAGGCAUAUGAUAUAUUCAAGAGAAUGGAUAAUGCGGGAUGUGGGCCUGAUGUCAUUACUUAUACAGUUCUCAUUGAUGCUCUUUGUAAUGCUGGUAGACUAGCUAAUGCAAAAGCGUUGUUUGCAAAGAUGAAAGCUAGCAGUCACAAACCUGAUAAAGUAACCUACAUUACUUUGCUGCACAAGUUAAGUGACUGUGGAGACUUAUACUCAGUGAAAAAAAUUUGGAGGGAAAUGGAAGCUGAUGGUUAUGCUCCAGAUGUUGUUACUUUCACCAUACUAGUAGAUGCUUUAUGCAAAUCUGGGAAUAUUGAUGAAGCAUUUAAUAUGUUGGAUGUCAUGAAGAAGCAAGGUAUCUCACCAAAUCUUCAUACUUACAACACAUUAAUUUGUGGACUUUUAAGAUUAAAUAGGUUGGACGAGGCAUUGGAACUUUUCAACAAUAUGGAAGAUCUGAGUUUUGUGCCUACUGCUUAUACAUACAUCCUUUUUAUUGACUACUAUGGAAAAUCCGGUAACUCUGGCAAAGCUAUUGAAACCUUUGAGAAGAUGAAAACAAGAGGCAUUGUUCCUAAUAUUGUAGCUUGUAAUGCUUCUUUGCAUGGUCUUGCUGAAGUGGGUAGGCUUCAAGAAGCAAAAGAUAUUUUUAAUGGGCUCAAAAAAAGUGGACUCACCCCUGAUUCAGUAACUUAUAACAUAAUGAUGCGAUGCUAUAGUAAGGUGGGGCAAGUAGAUGAAGCCAUUAAGUUACUCUCUGAGAUGGUGAGAAAAGGGUGUGAGCCCGAUGUAAUUGUAGUUAAUACUUUGAUUGACAUGCUUUACAAGGCUGAUCGAGUAGAUGAGGCAUGGCAAAUGUUUUACAGAAUGAAGGGCAUGAAGCUCACUCCUACAGUAGUGACCUACAACACCUUACUUGCUGGAUUAGGGAAAGAGGGUCAAGUCCAAAAGGCAAUUGGAGUUUUUGAGAGCAUGGCUGGACAUGGCUGUCCUCCAAAUACAAUAACUUUUAACACGAUACUGGAUUGCCUUUGCAAAAAUGAUGAGGUUGGUUUGGCUUUGGAGAUGCUUUGUAAAAUGACAACAAUGAAUUGUUUCCCUGAUGUUUUGACCUAUAACACUAUUAUUUAUGGGUUAAUCAAGGAAAACAGAGUUAAUGAGGCGUUCUGGUUUUUCCAUCAGAUGAGGAAAUCACUACUUCCUGAUCAUGUCACUUUGUGCACCCUCCUUCCUGGGAUGGUUAAGGAUGGGCAAAUUGAGGAUGCUUUUAAGAUUGCCAAGAACUAUGUCCAUCAGGCUGGAAUUUUUUUGGAUAGGCCUUUUUGGGAAGAUUUGAUGGAAGGGAUUUUAAUUGAAGCUGAAAUAGAUGAGGCCAUUUUAUUUGCUGAAAGAUUGGUCUCCGAUAAGAUUUGCCUGGAUGACUCUAUAUUGAUACCUGUGAUGAGGGUACUGUGCAAGUGUAAAAAGGCUCUUAAUGCUCAUAGUUUGUUCACAAGAUUUACUAAAACUCUGGGAAUUAAGCCAACACUGGAAGCGUAUAAUUGUUUAAUCGAAGGGCUUCUUCGAGGUAAUAUCGCCGACAAUGCUAGGAAUCUUUUUAAGGAGAUGAAAAAAGCUGGCUGUGCCCCUGAUGUUUUCACAUACAAUUUGUUACUUGAUGCUCAUGGGAAGUCUGGGAAAAUCAGUGAUCUUUUUGAAUUGUAUGGAGAAAUGAGUUGCUGGGGAUGCAAGCCUAACACUAUAACAUACAAUAUAAUCAUCUCCAGUCUCGUGAAAUCUAAUAGCCUAGAUAAGGCUCUGGAUUUAUACUAUGACCUUGUUAGUGGGGAUUUCUCUCCUUCUCCAUGUACAUAUGGUCCUCUAAUAGAUGGACUUCUGAAGUCAGGAAGACUUGAAGAAGCAAUGCAAUUCUUUGAGGAGAUGAUGGACUAUGGAUGCCAACCUAACUGUGCAAUUUUUAAUAUUCUUAUUAAUGGCUUUGGAAAAACUGGUGAUGUGGAAACUGCUUGUCUGUUGUUUAAAAGGAUGAUUAAAGAAGGAAUAAGACCAGACUUGAAGUCUUACACCAUUCUUGUGGACUGCCUAUGCCUUGCAGGGAGGAUUGAUGAUGCUCUCCACUACUUUGAGGAACUGAAGCUGGCUGGCCUUAAUCCUGAUUCAGUUUCUUACAACCUUAUCAUUAAUGGACUUGGAAGGUCACAGAGAGUAGAAGAAGCUCUAUCUCUGUAUAAUGAAAUGCGAAGUAGUGGGAUUACUCCUGAUCUAUACACAUAUAAUUCUUUGAUACUCAAUCUUGGUAUUGCUGGAAUGGUAGAGCAAGCAAGGAAGAUGUAUGAAGAACUACAGCAAAGAGGUCUUGAACCAGAUGUUUUCACAUACAAUGCUCUCAUUCGUGUGUAUAGCAUAUCUGGAGAUUCCGACCAUGCUUAUGCAGUCUACAAAAAGAUGAUGGUUGGGGGAUGCAGCCCCAAUGUGGGAACGUUUGCACAGCUUCCUAAUCAAACUUAACUUUCUUUGAGAUGUUCAUGGAGGCACAUAUAUACUUUCUUGAAGCUGUAUUUGAGUUAUACAGGUCUAACUUUCCAAUGUGAGCGUCUGAGCGAUGAGUUUGAUGAGCAUAUGAAUUCAACUAUGGUGACAAGAGUUGCAUCCUUGUUUUGGGACCGAUUCUAACCUUAGAUUCAAGGAGUAAGUAAAUGCUUAUAGAAGUGUUGCAGAUUGUUUUUCCCUGUAAAUUGUGAAUAUAUUAAUCUUGUAUACAUUCAUUAUAGCUAUAUGCAAUACCAUCUUAUAUUGUCUA